AUGAAGGCAGUCAUUGUUACUCAACCCAAGGCUGAGGGUCUGGUCACAGAUCGACCCAUCCCCAAGCUUCGCGAUGAUUACCUUCUCAUCAAGACUGUUAGUGUGGGCUUGAACCCCACUGACUGGAAGCACGUUGCUUUCAUUUCCCCUCCCGGUACUCUCAUCGGAUGCGACUAUGGAGGCAUUGUCGAGGCCGUCGGCAAGGAUGUCAAAAAGCAAUUUAGCAAGGGUGACCGCGUAUGUGGAUUUGUGCACGGUGGCAAUACAGUGCAGCCCGAGGAUGGUGCUUUCGCCGAGUACAUCGUUGCCAAGGGUGACGUGCAGUGGAAGAUCCCCGAAAACAUGAGCUUCCAGGAGGCCGCUACUCUCGGAGUGGGAAUCAACACCGUGAGCCAGAGUCUCUACCAGAGUUUGAAGCUUGCAUUGCCCACCGAACCCAUCAAGGAUGCCAUUCCAAUUCUAAUUUACGGUGGAUCCACUGCGACCGGUACCCUGGCUAUCCAAUUUGCCAAGUUGUCGGGCUACAAGGUCCUGACCACUUGCUCGCCGCGCAACUUCGACUUGGUCCGAAGCCUUGGCGCCGAUGAUGUCUAUGACUACAACGACGCCCAGGCCCCCGCCAAAAUUCGCACGGCCACUGAUAACAAUCUGAAGCUCGCCUUUGACUGCAUCUCGCUCGAGUCCAGCGCUGCGUUCUGUGACAAUGCCAUCUCCACCGAUGGCGGCGAGUAUAGCGCUUUGCUGAACAUCAAAAUUAACCGGGCCAAUGUGAACGACCGCUCCACCCUGGCCUAUACAAACAUGGGCGAGGCCUUCUCCCUGGGAGACAUUCGCAUCCCCGCCAAGCCGGAGGAUCAGGCUUACGCUGAGAAAUUCAUUCCCAUUGCUGAGUGUCUACUCGCCCAAGGAAAGGUUAAGGUCCACCCCCUCAAGGUUGGCGAGCAUGGGUUGAAGGGUGUGCUCGAGGGUCUCAAGUUGCUCAAGGAAGGCAAGGUCAGUGGCGAGAAGCUGGUCUACAACGUUUCCGAGACCCCUUGA